AUCAAAAAUAGCAGCCUAGCAAGGUUGUUUCACGAUGUAAACUAAAAGUGGACCUUCUCGGAUCCUUACAAGAGCCAAACAGACUACGGAUGACCUCUUGACCUCGUUGGCAGGAAGCUAGUCAGACCAUGGCCGCUGGUGCUGCAGUCGGAGAGGGUCACAUCCAACGGAUUAUCAGAGAUCUGCAUGAUGCUGUUUCAGAACUGACAAAAGAGUAUAAGGAGAACGGCGAGCCCAUUACAGAUGACAGCUCCAACCUGCACAAGUUCGCCUACAAACUGGAGUACCUGCUACAGUUCGGCCAGAAGGAGAAAACAACAUUUCUGGGAUCCAGAAAAGACUACUGGGAUUAUUUCAGCGACUGCCUGGUCAAAAUCAAAGGAGCAAACGAUGGAAUCCGCUUUGUUAAAUCAAUUCCAGAGCUCAAGACGUCUCUGGGUAAAGGCAGAGCAUUUAUCCGUUACUCACUCGUGCAUCAGCGGCUGGCUGACACACUCCAGCAGUGCCUCAUGAACCACAGGGUCACCAGUGACUGGUAUAAUUCUCGGAGUCCAUUUAUCAAACCCCAUCUCAGUGUGGACAUCAUUAAUUACCUCUAUGAGCUCAAUGAUGUUCAAUUUGAUGUGGCAUCCAGGGGUCAUGACCUUGACUCAGAGUGGCCCACUUUUGCAAGUAGGACACUGGGAAUGACUAGCUCCCCCAGUCACAUGUGGAAACCACCGAGUCGUAGUUCCAGCAUCAACAGUCUGGCCAGUACAUACUCACAGCAGGCCCAUGAGUUCCCUGGGAGUCCAGACUUUGGACCUGGGCUUCUAUCAGACAUGUCUGUCCAAAACUCCAGUGGACUAAAUGAUUCUUCCAUCAGUGCUAUAGACGAACUCCGUCUGGAGCUGGACCAGUCUGAAUUAAAGCAAAGAGAGCUCCUUGACCAGGUUCAACAGUUUGGCAGAGAGGCAAGUGAACUCCACGGGGUUGUGGUAGAACUCCAAAGGCAGCUGGACGUCUCUCUAGCUGCCCAAGGUAACCAUCAUGAGCUCCAGCGGAACCUGGAGGUGCUAGCUGAGAGCGAACGAGCACUAUUCCAUGAGCUGGAGGUCUUGAGGGGACGCGAGACUAUCAGGGAGGCUUCCUAUAAGGACCUCCAGGACAUGUUGGCAGCAGCAGAACGGAAAAAUGAGGAACUGAUGGCAAGGCUAGAUGGAGUAUUGGAUGAGAAAGGCCAGAGGGCAGCCAGUGACUUCAACUCCGCCCAGAAGAUUCACGAGCUGUUAAAUGAAUUGAAAGAGGCUGAGAAGGGAAGGAUAGAUGCUCUGGCAGAAGGAGAAGAGAGGAGGAGGCAGGCAGAACAGCUGGCUGAGAAAAUCAGAAUAAAGGAUAAAGCACUCAAAGAGGCUGAGGUGAAAAUGGCAGCUUGGAUGGAAAAGGGUGAGCAACUGCAAACCAGGGCAGAAGAGCACCGUAAUGUCAUGGACAAACUUCAAGGGGCACUUGCAGUGCGAGAGAAGGACACCAGCAACCUGCAAAAGCAACUGCAAGAUCUCCAGCUCUCUCAGGAAACUAUGGAAAAGCAGGCCAAAGUGGAGCAGAAGGAAAUGCAAGAGGAUAAAGAAGAGCUUGAGAAGAAGGUGAGUGGCCUGGAAGGGCAGUUGCAAACAUUACGGACACAGCUGAAGGCUAAGGAGUCCAAUCUUCUCUCCAGUAUCAAGAGAGUCCAGUAUUUGGAGAAGGAAUCAGAGAAGCUUAAAAGCGACAAACAGAAUCUCAGAGAAACCAUAUCUGCACUGGAGAACAGCACCAAAGAGCAGGCCAAGAAGAUUGAGGAAUACAAAGAUAGCUGUGGCAAGCUAAUGGAGGAAAACAGCAAGCUCCUCCAGAGGGUGAACAAGAAUGAAGAGACCAAGAAGGAGUUGCUUGAAAACAAAUCUUCUCUGGAGAGUGAGCUGGCUGGAUUGAAGGCCUCGGAGAAGCAGUUGCGAGCACAAAUUGAUGAUGAGGAGAGGGAUUUGGAAAUGGAGAAGACAAAGGCAGAAAGAGCCUUUAUUAAACAAACAGAGAUGAUUAAGACUCUUGAGGCCCAGAGGACAGCUGUGGAGAAGGUCCAACUUGAGCAGAGUGCAUGCCAUGCUAAAGAGACCCAAGAGAUGGCCUCAAAAGUGACUCUCCUGGAAGAUCAGCUGGGACUGAGUGUGAAAGAGGUUUCUAGGCUUCAAGAGGAGGUGCUCAAUCUCAGGGCUAAACUUUACAGUGCUGUGGAGGAAAAGGACAAGACCCAAGCAAAGCUGGAGGUCACCGAGGCUUCCUGUGCAGAACUACGAACCUUGACUGAGCAGUUGAAGAAGCAGGCAGAGGAGCAGAAUCGACUGCAUGUGAAAGAGCUGCUGCAGUCUAGCGAACGGGUAGAUGCAAUAACUUUGCAACUGAAUCAGGAGAUGUCCACAUGCAAGAAAACAACUGCCAAACUCAAUUCAGCCCAAGAGGAGCUGGCAGAGUUUAAGGCCCAGAAUGAAAGGUUGGUUCUGGAGAAUGCCGAGACCAGAGAUGGUCUCCAUCGGGUCAACACAGAAAUGGCAGAGUUGGGAAUGACAAUUUGCAAGCUCACCGCAGAGCGGGAAGAGGCCCGGGAACAAUGGGCUGCCGAAGCUGCUCGGAUCCAAGAACUUCAACAGCAGGGAGUGAAGGAAACAGAGAGACUUAAUGCCAGCUUGGCGGCUCUUCACCAAGAAAACUCUAGUCUACGAGACUCAGGGCUAAACUUUACAUUGAAGAAGCAGGCAGAGGAGCAGAAUCGACUGCAUGUGAAAGAGCUGCUGCAGUCUAGCGAACGGGUAGAUGCCAUAUAUUUGCAACUGAAUCAGGAGACAUCCACAUGCAAGAAAACAACUGCUGAACUCACUUCAGUCCAAGAGGAGCUGGCAGAGCUCAAGUCCCAGAAUGAAACGUUGGUUCUGGAGAAUGCUGAGACCAGAGAGGGUCUCCAUCGGGUCAACACAGAAAUGGCAGAGUUGGGAAUGACAAUUUGCAAGCUAACGGCAGAUCGGGAAGAAGCCCGGGAACAAUGGGCUGCCGAAGCUGCUCGGAUCCAAGAACUUCAACAGCAGGGAGUGAAGGAAAAGAGCCUUAAUGAAGAGAUUAACGGUUUGAAAACUCAGCUAGACAUGGAGCUGAAGAAGACAUCUGAGCUGGAGGCCAAAUUAUCCGAGUUAGAGGCAGUAAAUAUUGAAUACUCCCAUCUGAUUGAGGAGAAAGACUCUGACAUCGCUGACUGUGAGACUCGGAUGCAUGAGAGAGAGUGUGAGACACAGCAACUGCAAGAAAGUGUAUCAAGUACCAAAGAGGCUCUUAGUGAGGUACAGAAAGAGAGGGAAGAACUGAAGCAGAAAUUGGAUCAAGUGUUGACAGAGACUCAGAAUCAGCAUCUCCGGAUGUCUGCUGAGCUGGAGGAUCUGGGCCAAACCAGAUUAAACCUGGAGGAACGGCUCAUCGAACUUAUCAGGGAUAAGGAUGCUCUGUGGAAGAAAUCGGAUGCUCUGGAGUUCGAGCAGAAGCUGAGAGCGGAGGAGCAGUGGUGGCUGGUCGAUAAAGAGGCCACACAUUGUCUGGGCUGCCAGGGCCAGUUCACAUGGUGGCUGCGGCGCCAUCACUGCAGGUUGUGUGGCCGUAUCUUCUGUUACAACUGCAGCAAUAAUUUUGUGAUGACAAAAAACUCAAAGAAGGAGCGCUGCUGCCGAGAGUGCUACAUGCAGCACAACGCUGUGGUGGAAAGAUUCACGAAAGCCGAACUCAACAGCUUGUCAGAGAAUCAACCACCGCCUCAUGCAAAUGCUGCCGGUCUACCACCACCACCCUAUAUACCCACACCAAGAGUUACAGUUACAGAUCCUGGUGAGAAACCGGAUGAUGGGGCAUUUGACAUCAUAACAGAGGAGGAAGUGAAUGAGACCUAUGACAGCGACUCGCGCACCACCACCGGGUCACAGGAGGAAGAAGGAGACGGAAGGCAAACUGGAGAACUUACCAUAUCGAGUGACGUGACCCCUGAUGAACAAGAAGAGAUGGUCCCUACUAUACAGGAUACAGAAAUCACCCUCCUCAAGUCAGGAGAACUCACUGCCUCUGUGCCUCUGGAUAUAGAUGAGAUUCUUCAUUUCGGUGAUGGUUCCCGUGAACUGUUUGUCAAGUCCAGUUGCUAUAGUGCCAUUCCCAUCACUGUGGGCGACCGAGGGCCCAUCAUCAGCUGGGUUUUCUCUUCCGAACCCAAGAGCAUCUCCUUCACUGUGGUGUACAGAGAGACACUUGACACACCUGUUGAGCAGGCCAAGGUUCUGAUUCCUCUCACACGCUGUAACUCGCAUAAAGAGACCAUACAGGGCCAACUGAAAGUCCGCAAUCCUGGAGUCUAUACACUCGUCUUUGAUAACUCAUUUUCCAGAUUUCUCUCCAAGAAGGUCAACUACCACCUGACCAUCGAGAAGCCCAUCAUCUAUGAUGGAAGCGACUUCCCUUAAAUGUGGCUUUGUGGUGUGUGUGAACUUUGUUUUAUUUUUAUCCUUAUUCAUCUCAGACCUGUUCCUGUGUGUCAAGGGUUUCUGCUUAAGAGUUUUAUGGGUUAGAAUAGUAUUAGUUAUGUUUUAUCGCUGAUAGCAUUCAGGUUAUUCACUGUGACCUGCGUUAUGAAGCAGUUUCUACAGCAUUAUGUACUUGCUUUUGACACUUUUUUUUUUGUGGUUUCAGUAUUUUAAAAUGAUUUUACAAACACUACAGAUGAAUUCAAAGCAUCAGUGAUACAGGACAAUUGAUGCUCACACAGACUUGGAGAUAUCCACAAAUGGCUGCAGUUUGCAAAGAUAUCACACUACACUUCCACUACAGUUAUCCAACACGAUAGUAUGUGCUCUGAGUUUACCAAGUACACAGGAAAAAAAACUUUUUUCCCCUUGUUAACUGUAUUUUGGCAUAUUUUUUUAAAGAAAUGCUGCAUUAGGUCUUUUUAUAGGAACAUGAGGAGAAUUUCAUACAAGUUCAAACUUGAUGAUUCACAAAAGCAAUAAGCUGCGUUUACAACACUCUCCUGUGUUUUUUUUUAACUCAAAGCGGAACGCUAAGAUGUUGUGUCAUGACAGAGUCCUGUAAAAGUAUAGCAGUUUUAUUGUCUUUUUGUAGUCCCCACCAACUAGGUCAAAUUGUCACUGGUAAGACAGCAAAAUUGAUCUCACUAUUCUUGUGUCAUCUAAAGCAUUAUAUAUUCACAAUAUGUACAGGUAAAUAUGGCACUUUUUAUUUAAUCCACUCCAUGCACUAUUUUGUAUACAAUAUAUUGAAUUAAAUGGCAUAUACUGUGUAGUCAUUUAGCACCUGCACAGAGUCUAUUUUUGCUAAAUAUAAGGCUCAGUUUUUUGAUCGUAUAAAAUUGGUUUACUGAUGCUCAGAUACGUAGUAUUUUUUGACAUGUUCAAUUUGAAUGCCUCCUUUCUGUAUAUGCAUCACUGAAUCUUCAUCCUGGUAGAUCGCCAAACAUUAGUAAUAUGAACACUAAGGCUGUUAAAUGUGCAUUUAAUGAACUGUCUUGUUUUUGUUGUUUAUUUUUAACAACUUUGAAAAGCAAAUAUGCAAGACACGUUUAUUCAGGUGUAAGUUUCACAUAUAAAUUUCCAGGUGACAAAGCUGAACUAGACAGCUGCUCUUUAGAAGAUCUGUUUAUAUAUUUAUAUUGUAUCUCAAGCUCCUUUUUGAACUAUGUGCAAUUUUAAAUAUUUUCCUAAUAGGACUUGCUGUUUUACAGGAGUUUUCAAAUGGUAUUUUAAAUAAAUUGAUGCAUUUUAAAUACCUUUUAGAAGGGGUUGUUCAGGAAAUUGUGAAUAUUUCAUGAAUGUAACUGAAUUCGAUGAUAUUUGUGAAUCUAUGCAAUCACAGCGCAAUGUUUACAAAUCGCAGAACCCUUUAAAUGUAAUAAAGUUGAAUCAGUUCAAC